CAUCAGCUCCUCCCAUGGAUGUCGCGUUUUGUAACUGAAAUGUGUGCUGUGUCCACGUAAUUAUUAGUCUAUUUAGGCUGUUGAUAGAAACUGGGCAAGUAAAAGGUCAGACAGUCAGCUUUGAGUAAUGGGAACUUCACGUGUGGACACCUAUUUGAUAACCGGUGGGAGUGGAUACUUCGGUUACCGACUGGCCUGUUCACUACUACAAAGGGGGGCUAAAAUCCUUCUAUUUGACAUGAGUCCACCAAGCCAAGAGUUGCCUGAAGGCAUCACCUUUCUAAAAGGGGAUGUCCGUGACUAUGUGCAGGUAGUGGAGGCUGUUACUGGCAUCGACUGCGUUUUCCACAUUGCCUCCUACGGCAUGUCUGGAAGGGAGCAGCUGAACCGCCGUCUAAUUGAGGACGUGAACGUCCAGGGAACAGAGCACAUCCUCAGAGCAUGUGUGGAGAGAGGAGUGCCAAGGCUGGUCUAUACCAGCACCUUCAAUGUGGUCUUUGGAGGUCAAGUCAUUGAGGGUGGGGAUGAGACCCUCCCCUACCUUCCUCUUCACCUCCAUCCUGACCACUACUCCAGAACCAAGUCCAUAGCUGAGAUGGCUGUGAUGGCUGCUAACGGGACAGCUCUGGAGGAUGGAAGUGGGGUGCUGCGGACUUGUGCCCUGCGCCCAGCAGGUAUAUAUGGGCCAGGAGAGCAGAGGCACCUGCCUAGGAUAGUUGGCUACAUAGAGGCUGGGAUAUUCAGGUUUGUGUACGGGAAGCCCAGCAGUCGCGUGGAGUUUGUCCACGUAGACAAUCUUGUGUCUGCACACAUUCUGGCUGCGGAAGCUCUUUCUUCAGACCAUCAACACCGCUCUGCCGGCCAAGCAUACUUUAUUUCAGAUGGCAGGCCUGUCAACAACUUUGAGUUCUUUAGGCCUCUAGUGGAGGGCUUGGGUUACUCUUUCCCAACACUGCGUUUGCCUGUAUCUCUCAUUUACUUCUUCGCGUUUCUCACCGAAAUGAUUCACCAUCUAAUUGGCCCCAUCUACAACUUCCAGCCACUGCUCACACGCACAGAGGUGUACAAGACUGGGGUGACACACUACUUCAGUAUGGCAAAGGCCAAGGCAGAACUAGGUUACGAGCCCCAGGAGUUUAACCUGGAUGAGGUUGUGCAGUGGUUCAGAAGCAGAGGUCAUGGCAAAAAACCCAUCUCACCCAUCAAAAGACUGAUGAUCGAUAUAUUCCUGGUGGCUGCCUUUGUAGCUGUAGUUCUCUCAUACAUCCCAGUGGUUGGGAGUUUGUCUGUAGUGUCUGGAUCUCAGUAAUAUUUGGCACCAUUUCAGUUAUCUAUAAUGGUAACAUGUGGUAUCAGAUCAAAAUAAAAAAAGAGUCUGUCAUGGUUUAAUUUGUUUUCUGAUGAGAUGUGAUCUUUUAAUCACUGUUUCAGAUUGUAAAUGAAAAAAUACUCAAAGAAAAACCCAUUAACAAUUUGUAUUAAGAACAUACAUAUGACACCAAACACAUUACUUAUUGAGUUUAAAUGUUUUAGACACUCACCUUUUGGAAAGUGUUUUUAAAAUCCAGAACGGAAUGUUUGCUUUCAUUUUGUACUUACUUGUUCCACUAGCCCACAAGCAAGCACACAAAUACAAGCAUUUACAAAAGGUUUCUCGAACCAUGAUUAUAUAUUAUAAAGAAAUCCUUUUUUACUAUUUUUUUUGCCGUAAUUUCUAAACAUUUUAUUUGAAAUUUAACAACAACAAACUUCUGUGGCUUGCAGGUGACCACAGAGAAUACAUCCUGCAUGUCUCUUUGUCUGGUCCUUGACAGCAGUGCUAUGUACUAGGACUCACUUUCAUUCAUUAUUGUUUUCUAAAUGUUGUUUGACAAUAGGUUUUUCUAAUCUAAUUUUUGUAGAAUUUCAUGUAAUUAUAUGUUACAAUUCUCAGAACUGUAUUGAAUAAAAAUUGUAUU